AUGAUUGAUACUUCCACAUACUCAAAUUUCGUUUAUGUAUCAACUAUUCAAACUGGAUGUGUAACAAUAGAAUUUGAUUCAUCUUAUCCGCUUCAUUUGAUCGGUAUCAUCAGUCGUGAUGAAUAUCAAAAGUCAAUUCAGCAGAUCAAUCGUGUUUUCUCUUCCAACAGAAUGACAUUUCUUGUUUGUAUUAUUUCUGGUUUCUGUUUAGUUAUCGGAAUGACAUUGGUUAUUCUGGGUGCUGCUUUACAAGUAAAUAGUCGUGAUAACCAAUUUCCUCCAAUAACAGGUGCUGGAAUUACUUUGCUGUUUUGCGGAGCAACUUUUGCUUUGAUCGGACUUUGUGCCAUGCAAUAUCGACGUACAAAACAGCUACAACAAGCAAUAGCAAAAGAAUCGCUGAAGUAUUUACCACGUACUCCUAUAUCUUGCAGCUGGAAACUUGAAACAAAAAUGAAUUGGUGUGGCAUAUCUGAUGAUGGUCAAUAUAGACGGUUAAUUUAUCGUAUCAUCAUUGAUAUCGGUCGUCCAGUAACUUCUUCGAAAAAUCAACAAAUGUGA